CAAACCACCCAAGAGCGAGAGCACAACGGCACAAGCCACAAGGCCUACGUGACUGUUUUGUUACCACUCCACCACUCCUUUGCUAGUCACUACGGGAGGAUUAGGGCGCCCAAAUCGCAGGCGAACUCAAAUACCCGAACACAAAACAACCAUUAUUUCCAGAAGACCGAGGUUGGCAGCCGCCUUAUCGUGGUGAAGCACACGGCGGAAAAGAGAGACUGAUAGUAGAGAGGAGAGAGAAAAUGGGAGGAUUAGGAGCUUUCUGGGGGACACGAAUGAUGGAGAUUGUGAAAAAGCAUGACUCUGGUGGUCUUCUUUGGAAGCGAAUCAAGCUAACUUCUACUCGCAAGGCUAACGCCAAGAAGCGCCUUCGUCGUGUUUGGCAGAAUGAAGCAGUACUCAAGGCCUGUUCAGGAGAUCAACCUCCUUCAACAUCAGAUGGUCUAAACAAUGGCAUAGCACCCAGUGGGAGACCAGGCAAGAUUCUUGAACAAAAAAUUGAGGAAUAGAGGAUGAGCUUAAUGAUGCACAAUAGUUAUUGUUUAUGUAUUAUCUUUCCUGCUUGAAUAUUCUUGAAAAAUUAACGUGAAAUUAGACCCAUUAGUACCUAGAAAUUUUGAUUGCUUGACCUGAAUAAUCUUGUUAUUAGGUAGCCCGGUCAAAAUCAUAUUAUUUUCAAACAUUACUUGGAAGGUUAGACUUUUGCGUCAAAGCUCUUAUAGUUUUUACUUUGACUUGUCUUGUUCUCAGUUCUCACAUCAGUGGGCUGGUCAAAACACCAUCAGUUCAUCCAGAUGUCUUUUUUUGUAUUUGCAUCACCAGAUGAAAUGUUAUGAUUUGUGAAUUCUUACCUA